AUGCAUAAUGAUAACCCGGAAAAUGUUCGUGUAAGAGCCACUUUUCUAUAUCCUGGAACGCAACCCAAAUCAGAUGAGAGUUCCCAGGGGAGCCUGGGUAAACGGAUCUUCCUCGGUCGGACGUUUAGAGCAGUGGGAAAGUGCCCAUUGGUCAUUGGAUGGGGCAUGGGCACAGUGCCGACUCAUCUCAUCAAGGGAGAAAAUGCAGAGCUGAUUUGCGACUACAUCCUGGAGAGAGGAGUGGAUCUCUACUCGGUGAAAUGGUACAAAGACGAAGAGGAAUUCUUCCGAUAUGAGCCAUGGGCCAAUCCUUCCACCAAGAAUUUCCCCCGGGAAGGAGUAAAAGUUGACUUGUCCAAGUCAGACUCGAAGAAAGUGUUUUUGACGGACGUGGACCUCACCUCAUCGGGUUCCUACAAGUGCGAAGUAUCCGCCGAGGCGCCUUCAUUCGAUACGGCCAAGUUCGUCUCCGACUUGGCCGUCGUCGCCAUUCCCAAGGAAAAGCCUCGGAUAAGCGGAGGGAAGCAAACAUACAAGCCUGGAGAUUCGGUCGGAGUGAACUGCUCCGCGGGUCCCUCGAAACCAGCCGCUGCCCUCAUGUGGUACAUCAACGACGAGCAGGCCGACCCGGACUACUUGGAGGAAUAUCCCCCUUACGAGACGAGGGACGGCCUGGAAAUGUCCUUCCUGGGCCUGAGUUUCACCGCAAGGGAGAAUCAUUUCCCCGCCCCAGAACACGUGCUGAAGCUCAAGUGCACGGCGACGGUGACGACCGCGUAUUUCAUGACGCACUCGAAGGACUUCCAAGGUCAUCCUUCGCCGACUCAGACCAGGGAACCCGUCUCCGUCAUGUCCAGUCUCGGUGGAAGUGGGAGCUGGUCACUGUCGCUGACGAGCCGACUGAGAUUGCUCAUGUUGGCCGUGUCCUUCAUCUUGGGCAGCAUCACUUCGUGAAACACCUUACCUCUAUUUCCCUUCCCCCCUUUUCCAUGACAUCAUGUGAUAAUUGUGCGUGAUCCGCAUUCCCCUCGAUGGAUUCCGUGCAAUACCUGCCUCGUACGAUCUAGUCGCCGGAUCUGGUCCCGAUCAGGACUGAAAAGUCGGAGUGAAUGCGUCCGGAAAGGACGGGAAAAAUUUUUUUUUCGUCGGUGAGGCUUUUUUUUUUCUACGACGAGAAGAGGCGUGAGGUUCUCUUCCCAUUCGUAUCCUGUGUUAAUCUCCAUCAUAUCAGUUGAUUUCGUCGCAUUCGAAGUCGUCGUCUCCUUUUAACUCUAGUCCGAAUGCACUGAGUCCUUUUCUCUUGCUUGCUCGCUGUUGGCCAUUUCACGAUGGGAAUAAAAGAAUUACUACAAACAUA